AUGGAGUGCCAUGUGCACGAGGACGACAUCAUCAUCCGCGUCAAAAGCAACAUAAGUUAUUAUAGAGCAAAAGACAUGAAGGCGAUGAACUCGACAGAAGAAGGGGCCGUGUUGGAGUUUACUCUGCUUGGCCUUGCAAGCUUUUCCAAGACGGGUAUCGUGUUAUUCCUCCUCUUGCUUGGCAUCUAUAUAUUGAUCCUAACGGGAAACCUUCUCAUCAUCGUCACCGUCCACCUGGAGCCGCGUCUCCAGUCCGCCAUGUAUUACUUUCUGAGCAGGUUGUCCUUUGUGGACCUGUGCUACGCCACGGUGACCGUCCCCAAAAUCCUAACAGACUUCCUCUCCGAAAGCGACACGAUAUCCACCGACGCCUGCAUCGCCCAGCUGUUCUUCCUGCACUUCUUUGCGGGCACGGAGAGCAUUCUCCUCACCGUCAUGGCGUACGAUCGCUACGUUGCCAUAUGCCACCCGUUACGUUACGUUAGUAUUAUGAGCAAAAACACGUGUUACCUGCUUGAGUCCGUUUGCUGGACUGCGAGUUUUCUGCAUUCCAUCAUCCAGGUGGCCAUGGUUUGCCAACUGACCUUCUGUGGUCCCAAUAAGAUUGACCAUUACUUCUGUGACAUCCACCCCUUGUCCGCGCUGGCCUGCUCCGACAUCUUCAUCAUCGAAGUUGUGUUUGUUGCAAACAGCGGAAUGAUCUCCUUGAUCUGCUUUGUUGUGCUUUUGGCCUCAUACAGCGGAAUCAUCUCCACCAUUCUAAACACGGCUUCCGAAGAGGGUCUCGGGAAAGCCUUUUCUACCUGCGCCUCCCACCUCACGGUGGUGACCUUAUUUUUUGGACCAUGUGUUUUUAUCUACUUGAGACCCUCCGUAUCGUACAGAGCCGAUAAAACGGGAUUUAGCGCGCAUGUCCUCGUGAGUCUGAUUGGAUGCGCGUCACGAGGUAACUGCGCCAAGCGCGUAUUCCCGAAUGGCAAUAGCGGGUUCCGCGUCCCCGAGAUUGUAUCUCCGGGGAACUAG